AGCAUUGGUGCGCGAGAGAGUCGGCAAACAAUUGAGACUUUGUUUUCUUUGCUUCUAUAGUGCAGUUGUCCAGUUGCAUUUUCAUUAUAACUCCAAACUUGUUGCUGUCGUCGUAUAGUCAUAAGAGACUUUGCGUUUAAUCGAUAAAAAGAAAAGUAUAUUUGAUAAAAUCAGGAAUAUAUAUACUUAAAAUAAUAUAUAUAUAAAUUAUUUUCUAUUUUGCAGCAAAAUGUCUAGCGAGGAAAUACGCUAUAAUGGGCGAGUAGCUAUAGUGACUGGCGCUGGUGCCGGUCUUGGACGUGAAUACGCCUUGCUUUUAGCUGAACGGGGGGCUAAAGUUGUUGUCAACGACUUGGGUGGCACAAAUACCGGUGAAGGUGCCUCCACACAUGCAGCGAAUUUGGUUGUGAACGAAAUUAAAUCAAAAGGCGGAAUAGCUGUAGCCGAUUAUAAUUCGGUGGUCGAUGGGGCUAAGAUUGUUGAAACGGCAAUUAAUAAUUUCGGUCGCGUAGACAUAGUUAUUAACAAUGCCGGCAUUUUGCGCGAUCGUAGUAUUGCAAAAAUCGCAGAACAGGAUUGGGAUUUGGUGCACGAUGUCCAUUUGAAAGGUAGCUUCAAAGUUACUCAAGCCGCUUGGCCUUACAUGAAGAAGCAAAAUUUUGGACGCAUUAUUAUGACAUCUUCUAAUUCGGGCAUGUAUGGUAAUUUCGGUCAAGCUAACUACUCGGCUGCAAAAAUGGGUUUGAUAGGUUUGGCUAAUACGGUAGCCAUCGAAGGGGAGAAAUAUAAUAUACACUGCAAUGUUAUUAUACCAACAGCCGCUAGUCGUCUAACUCAAGGUAUUUUGCCUGAUAUGCUCUUUGAUGAAUUAAAGCCUCAACUGAUUGCACCAGUAGUGGCUUACUUGUGCCACGAAUCGUGCGAAGAUAAUGGCUCUUACAUUGAAAGUGCCGCCGGUUGGGCUGCUAAAAUACAUUCCGUACGAAGUAAAGGUUGCGUUUUACGUACUUCCAUCGGACAAGAUAUUAUAACACCAGAAUAUGUAAGGAGUGUUUGGUCUAAGGUUACCAAUAUGAAAGACGCCCAACACGUAAAUACGAUUGGCGAGGCCUCUGGCUAUUUGCUUGAAGUUAUGGAAAAUCUAAAACAGCAAAAAAUUGACGGCUUCGAAGAUAACUUUAAAUAUAGUGCUAAAGAUUUAAUUUUAUAUGCUUUAGGUAUUGGGGCAACAGUUAAAAAUGCCAAUGACCUGAAAUUUUUAUACGAAAAUGAUCCAGAUUUUCACGCUAUUCCGUCAUUCUUCGUUUUGCCCGGCCUGCUUUUAAGUCUAACUACAAACUUAGUCGCUAGCGGCUUACCCGAAGGCAAAGCUGACCUUACCAAUAUACUGCACGGUGAACAAUAUUUGGAAAUUUGCGAUGACAUCCCAACUAGCGGCAAUUUAACCAGCACUGGCCAAGUUUUUGAUAUUAUGGAUAAAAGCAGUGGGGCAGUUGUUGUUACUAACACUAACUCAUUUGAUGAAAACGGUCGAUUAUUAGUAAAAAAUCAAAGUUCCAUUUUUGUAGUUGGAGCUGGAAAGUUUGGUGGUAAAAAGGAUCCCAUUCACGGUGUUAUACCCAUAGUCCCUGCACCAAAACGUUCGCCUGAUGCCACUAUACGAUACAACACAAGUAGAGAUCAAGCGGCUCUAUAUCGCUUAUCAGGUGAUUUAAAUCCUUUGCAUAUCGAUCCUAACUUUUCGAUGAUGGCAGGCUUCAAAACACCCAUUUUGCAUGGCCUAUGCUCAAUGGGCUUUUCGGUGCGUGCGGUUCUGGCUAAAUAUGCUAACAAUGAUCCAUCUCUUUUCAAAUGUGUUAAAGUACGUUUCGCUGCUCCCGUUAUACCAGGGCAAACUUUACAAAUUGACAUGUGGAAGGAAAACAAACGUAUACAUUUCGUUACAAGUGUUGUAGAGACGGGCAAAAAUGUCAUUACCGGCGCCUAUGUAGAUCUCAAACAGGUUACAGCAAAAUUGUAAAUACGAAUUUUUCAAAUGUUUUUAUAUAAUUGUACUUGAUUGAAAUGAUUUAAGCGGUUUUUCUUUUUUUAUGAAUUGGU